GAAUGUCCGCGUCGCGCGUGCGAAACGCACGCGUUUUGCCGUCGGCGGGUUCUCUGUGCUGGGAUAUACCUCUGAGUGCGUGUCCCGCCGAGCAGACCGCGUCAUGCCGCCGCCUCGCUCGGGACAGGACCAGGGGGCGGGAUCAUUUGCUGACACUUGCGGUGGAGAUCGCGCGCUGACGACACGCGGGCACGACAUCCCGUUGGCGGACACACGAGUCUCGCCCCGCGCAUUGACUCGAAGAUCUCCCGGGAGCGGCACCGGCCUGCGUGCUGCCCUGCGGGUACGCUCCCGGAUGUUGGAGGGUGUUGAAGCACUACAAAGUGUGAGGAGUCGACAGUUGGCGGAUGCGGAUGCGGGCGCGAGCGUGUGCGGUAUAGACGGGGCGAUGUCGCGAGAUGGUGCGGAUGGCGGCAGGAGUGUGCCGGGUGUUGGGCAUAAGCUGGGUGGUCUGUCCAUUCGAUGUCGGCGAAUAGGGCGCUGCGGGAUCCUGGAAAUGAGACGUGGAACCAUGGCGCACUGUGCGCGAUCGUCGCAGGUCACAGAACGAAGCCGAACGCUGGACAGUAGGUUCUCCAGAUGCGGCCGCAGCGAGCGCGGUGACGAUGCGCAUGGCCUGCCGGACACUGCGCACUUGCGGGCAGCGGGCGGGCAACCGGGAUGGAUGAAGCGCGGAAUGAGCGACACUACCACAUGGAUAACCGGACGACCAGCGCGCGAUCGACGUCAAAGUCGCGCUGUCGCUUCAGCGCCAGCACGUGGUCCGCGCGCGGUCGCUGAUCUGCGCAUCGGGCAUGUCGACGUCGAGGGCGUAGACGGGCGGGGCGUGCAGGAUGAGCCGCUGGGGCUCGAGGUCGAACGUCGCGAGCGGGAUGUGUGUGUGCGUGCACGGCGUGCACGGCGCGUGGGGCGGCUAGCGUGGACACGCACCAGAUUGGGCACCUUGAGGUCGUGCUCGCUCUUCGACCACGAGAUAUCAGACGGGCUACUGCCCGCGGUCACAGGGAGUAAGCGACGCAUCGAUGAGGAACGUCUUGAACGCAGGGCGCGGGCCUGGAGGGAGGAGUGGUAG